AGGUACACUGUUCAUAAUGGAGAAGUUCAUCUUCAUAGCAUUUCUUGAUGUUAUGUUGGCUUCCCUAUCAAUGUUUCAGCCUGUCAUAUGUUCUAGCAACUUCACUGAUCAAGUGGCUCUUCUCCACUUCAAAUCGGCGAUCGAAGUCGACCCGACAAACACGAUCAAAGGUGGCAAUUGGACCACCGAAGCAAAUUUCUGUGAAUGGAUUGGCGUCAUUUGCAGCAACCGCAGGCAGAGAGUCACAACUUUAAAUCUCUCGUACAUGGGUCUCCAGGGGAGGCUCUCUCCUUAUCUAGGCAAUCUUUCUUUCCUGGCUUCUCUUGAUCUUCGCAACAAUAGUUUCCAUGGGAGAAUUCCUAUAGAAAUUGGUCAUUUGCGCCGCCUAAAAAAACUCGUGCUCAAAUUUAACCAGUUUGAAGGAAACAUUCCUCCUAACUUAGCCCAAUGCCAAAAUCUCGAAAAUAUGUCACUCGUAGGGAAUAGGCUAACGGGUGGCAUACCGAGAGAAUUUGGCGCCUUCCCUAAGUUACAACUACUAUAACUUAGCCUCAACCCCUUACGUGGUCAAAUUCCAAGCCUCCUGGGCAAUAUAUCAACAUUGCAGGUCAUUGGUUUGUCCUCGGCCAAUCUCACAGGCUCGAUUCCUCCGACACUUUUCAAUAGAUCACUCACCAUUGUUGACUUGAUGCAUAAUGAUCUCUCAGGGGGUCUUCCCUCUAAUCUUUGCUCCUGCUGGCCUAGCAUUCAGAUGCUUCUACUAUCUGAUAACCAGUUCAACGGCGUGAUACUAGAGACGCUAACCCAAUGCAAAGAGCUUCUCAUAUUGUCGUUGUCAUCCAAUCGUUUUCAGGGAAGCUUUCCUCGAGACAUUGACAGGUUGCAAAAGCUACAGGAGCUCUACCUCAGUGAAAGCAACUUGACUGGCACGAUUCCUCGAACCAUCGGUAACAUGUCAAGCCUGCAAUUUUUGGAUGUAACAUCUAACUAUAUCGGAGGUGACAUUCCGAGUGAGAUUGGCAAGUUGGUCAAUCUGAAAUAUUUGUUCCUUCAGCGCAAUUUGCUAACAGGCAAAGUGCCUCAAGAAAUUUUUAAUGUUUCUUCUCUACGAACACUUAGUUUGUCCUCCAAUUCCCUCUCUGGAAGCUUUUUCCCGGGUAGCGAACAGAGCCUUCCAAAUUUGGAAAACUCUUUUUAAGUCUUAAUAGUUUUGGUGGCAACAUCCCACAAUAUAUUUCAAAUUUUACGAACCUAAUAGUUUUCAGUGCCGGGUACAAUCAACUCAGCGGACCCAUACCCAUGAGUUUGGGCAACUUGAAGAACCUCAGAGUCUUUGAGGCUGGAUCAAAUCAGCUAACAGGUGAGACUCAUAGUUCGGAGCUUAGUUUUCUAUCUGCUUUAUCAAAUUGCCAAUCGCUGCGAUUCUUGGCUCUGGGAAGCAACCCACUUUGCGGCUCCAUACCAAAAUCUAUCAAAAACUUCUCGAGUUCCCUACAAAUUCUAUAUGCUCACAACUGUCAAAUUAGAGGUCGCAUUCCCCAGGAAAUGGGUUCCUUGAAGAGAUUGACUGCACUAUGGUUGAAUGACAACGAUCUAGAUGGCAACAUUCCAUCAUCAAUCAGAGGACUAGAAAGCUUGCAAAUGCUGUAUCUCGAGAACAACCAUCUCGAAGGACCGAUCCCUGAUGAGAUAUGCAACUUGACAAGUUUAGGAAAUUUGUUGCUCCAACAAAAUAGUUUAUCGGGAUCAAUCCUGAAUUGCAUUGGAAACUUGAGCAGCCUUCAAAAGUUUGUAGUAAGUUGGAAUAACUUGACAUCGAUCGUACCGGUUAGCCUGUGGAGUCUUCAAGGACUCAUCUUCCUCGAUUUGUCACACAAUUCUUUCAUUGGAGGGCUACCAUUGGAUAUAGGGAAAAUGAGAGCUAUGAACGGCAUCGAUCUUUCUCGAAAUCGACUUACCGGCACCAUACCUAGUUCCAUCCAGGGGUUAGAGAGCCUUGUUUCUCUCAACUUGUCAGGGAACUCGUUUGAAGGAUCAAUACCGUCAUCGAUCGGUGACCUCAAAGGGUUGGAGUUCCUCGAUCUCUCCUACAAUGAGUUGUCAGGUGCAAUACCCAAGUCUCUGGAAGAACUUAGGUUUCUGCAAAAUUUGAACUUGUCCUUUAAUAGGCUGUCGGGAGAAAUUCCUAAUGGCGGAUCCUUUGGAAAUUUCUCAGCUCUCUCCUUCAUUGGGAAUGAAGCGCUCUGUGGAAAUGCAAUAUUUGAAGUCCCAACUUGCAAAGUAAAUGAAAAGAAAUCAUCAAGGGACAAGCGGCUAUGGUUACUAUACGUUAUGUUGCCAAUUGCAUCUGCUAUACUUUCGGUCAUUGUCAUUUGCUUGCUUAGAAAGCUUGGAAACACGAUUAAAAGAGCUCCAGUUUCGGUGGGCAUCCUGCUUGGAAUUAACCACCCAAUGAUAACAUAUCGGGAGCUUUGCUCAGCUACGAACAAUUUCAGCGAAAGCAACUUACUCGGAGCAGGAAGCUUUAGCUCUGUAUACAAAGGGACUCUGGCCAAUAGGACUGAUGUUGCGGUCAAAGUACUAAAUCUCCAUAUUGAAGGCGCCUUGAAAAGUUUUGACGCAGAAUGCGAGGUUUUCCGUAAAAUCCGGCACUGGAAUCUCGUCAAGGUGAUUAGCUCUUGCACGAAUGCCGAUCUAAGAGCUCUGGUGCUGCAAUAUGUGCCCAAUGGGAGCUUGGAGAAGUGGCUCCACUCCAAUAACCGCAACUUGGGUCUCCAUCAGCGAGUGAAUUUAGUGGUCGACAUCGCAACGGCACUCGAUUAUCUCCACCAUCGCCAACCAGAACCCAUUGUGCACUGUGAUCUGAAGCCUAGCAAUGUUCUUCUAAAUGAGGACAUGGUCGCACAAGUCUGCGACUUUGGAAUUGCAAAGAUUUUGGCUAAGAACAAGCUUGAAACACAAACCCAAACUCUCGGCACGAUUGGAUACGUUGCUCCAGAGUACGGUUUGGAAGGAAAAGUCUCGACAAAAGGAGAUGUUUAUAGUUUUGGCAUAUUACUGUUGGAAGUGAUAACUAGUAAGAAGCCAACUGAUGAAAUGUUCAAUGCGGAUAUGAGCUUGAGGCAAUGGGUAGGUGCAGCGACUCCAGACAGAGUGCUUGACAUCAUGGAUAGCAAACUCAUUAGCAUGAAACAUGAAGAUUUGACGCCUCCGGAACUCGAGAGUAUAGUUUUAUCGAUCCUAGAGUUAGGAUUAGAAUGCUCGAAGGACUUGCCUGAGGAAAGAAUGGACAUGAAAACUAUCAUGGUUAAGCUCAACAAGAUCAAGUUGUCACUACUUGACAAGAAAAUAAGGUAGAGAGCAGUACGUAGAAUAUGGGCAUAGUAUCAUCUUAGUUUGUACACGGUCAUUUCGUUUUCACGGCAUUCUGUAUAGCCAUCUGCUAUAAAGUUUCUAAUCUUCCGAGUUUUCUGAAUCGGAGAAAAACAA